AUGGCAUUCGCAAUCCUCGACGUCCUCGGCGCCCUCAUCAUCACGAUCUUCUUCGGCGUGUUGUUUUCAGCUGCCCCCUCGCGCCAUGAUAUUGGCACCUUCGUCGCCGCCCGCCGCCCCGCCCUCGAAGACGCCCUCUUCAUCACGCUGAUGAAGCUGUGGUCGGUCGCCUGGAUCUUUGGCACCGACAUGCAGGCCUACGUCGAGCAGUACCUCCGCGCCAUGACAGACGCCCUCCUCUCGCCGGAGCUCAUUCUAUUCAUUUAUGAGGAGACUGAGCGUGGCUCACCGCUUCGGCACAUGGCGAUAGAGGCUGCGGACGAGCAGACAGCGCCGUCUGGUGACUUUCGCAGUGGGAGGGGCAACCUGUGGUCGUGUCAUGGAGAGUUCAUGACAGACUACUUGAACUACCAGACGAUGGGUGUCCACACGGGCUGA